CACUGCAGUAGUCUACAAAAGGAAGAGCGUGGUCAGGGGGUGGGUGAUAUCGAGGAGAGUUGCAAUGCUUUAGGGUCGAGUCCUCUGUGGAAUUGAAAAGAAAAUUCAUACAUUCAAGAUGUCCAGUUAGAAGUCUCUUCUACAAGUGAGAAGCUGUUUCAGUAAUCCUACGCAGGUGUGGGCUGACUGACAGCACAAACACAAUGGAGGAACCCUUUGAUGAAGAUUUAUGUGUUGAACUUUACUGUGAGGUAGAAGAAACUUCACCUACAUCACGUACUGACAGCAAGGAUGACUGUCGACAGAGUGAUGGAAAAGUACCAUGCCCUUCUGUGGAGACAGUCUUUUAUGUGAGCAGUGAGCAAGUUACCCAGCAUGUAGUGACCCCUGCUGGUGAAGUGGAGAGCUACACCACGAUUUACUGCAAAGAAGGAGAAAUAUUGGAGGAAGAAAUGGGCACAACCACAUCAACACCAGGGGGGCAAGACUCCAUCCAGGUUUCUACAGAACCAAAGAAUGAACCAAUAUCUGAGCCUGCCUCAACAACUGAACACAAGACACAACUGGAGAGCCUAUUGGAGGAUCUGGGAUUGAAGCAUCACUUCAUGGAGAAGCUAUCCCUGAGCACAAUACUUCAGAUUGAUGAGAAGACCUGCACUGAUGAACCUACCAAGUGUUAUUCAGACCUGCCAGGGUAUUUUCUGAAGAAAAUGAUGAUGGUAAAUGUGAAAGCUAGGAAUGUAGAAUUUACAUCUGAAUGUGAAUCAGCUUGUGAUGCUGAAUCUGAUGAAACAGGGUUUGAAGAUUUUUAUGAUUUUUAUGAUGGUUCUAACAGUCUGAAUUCAAAUAACAGGCUCAACCCGCUAGACAUAAUCACUGCUCUCUUUCUGUGUUCGGAUGGUUUUGUACAGCAAGAAAUGGCACUCAAAAUGUCCAUGUGUCAGUUUUCUGUGCCUCUUCUGCUUCCUAAUUGUGACACAAAGCAGUGCUCACUGAUGCUCUGGGCCAUGAGAGACAUAGUUAAAAAGUACAGACCUUUGUUACUUUCAGAGUCCAAGGGCUUUAUUGAAGACAGAAUUGUUGUCUCUAAACUUCCUAUGGUUUCUUUUGUGAGACUGGGUGAGUGCUCCUUGUCCAAGUCAGACACCCUCAAUAAGCUUCUGAGCAGUUCUCAGCAGAACCAUGACAUCUUUGUUCACAGGAACAUGACAAAUGGUGACUGUCCAAGACGAAUAUCUAAUGGAUUGACUGAAAUUACCUGGUAUCUACCUUGUGGAAACAAAAACAUGGAUGUUUUCGGUGAGCCGGUAGCUGUAGCUAAUCUUCGUGGUGACAUUGCUUCAUUUGAAAUGCAGUUUUCUUUUUUGUGUCACACGUCGGCAGCAGUGUUUGUAUUCUUUGACAGUUUGGACUCUGAGUGCAAAAUGCUUUCAAACCAACAUCACAAGGCCCAGAUCUUCUUGGUUGGUAAUCGUCAAAGCCAGGGAUUCAGUAUGGAUGCUGUGAAGAAGGUGGCAAAGAAGCUGAAUCUGACUAAAAGCUACAUCCUUUUGAAGGACAAACAAAUGAAUGAUGCAACCUUUGUCAAAAAUCUACACAAAACAGUCAAACAUGUUGUGGAGAACACACAGGUGAAGAUGCAAAUUGAGCAGAUGGCUGACAUUGCCCAUGAAUUGGGAGUCUUGGUUGAUGAAGAUUGUCCAGAGUGCCAGACUGCAAAGACAAAUGCAGAUGCCAUCACUGGAAAAAUUAAACAUAUCCCAAAAUACAAAGAUGAUCAUCUACCCCUGCAUGGCGAAAUAUGGAAGAAACUGACUUUCUUGGAGAAGGAAGAGUGUCGACUUCAUAAUGUUGGGUCUAAAAACAUAGAAAUGUACAAAAGUGAUCUUCAGAGAGAAAAAGAAGAACUCCGGAAAGAGCAGAACUUGUAUGAUCUGUCUGAAGCAAUGACAUGUUUCAUCAGCGCAAUAUCAAUACCAGGUAUUGAGAGGAGUUAUUUCCUGAAAUGGAUGCGAAUGAACCUUGAUAAUCUGUCUCGACAGAAACUGUCUGGCCUCAGAGAGGGAUACAAAAACAAAAAGAAAAGUUCUGAAAACAAGGAGGAAAUCAAAGAAAUUGACCGGCAACUUUCUAACAGCUCACUUGGGAUUGAACACUUCUUCCGUGAGAUGGGUCAGAUCUAUGAAGCUUCAGUUUCCCUUCCAGAAUCAAGUCCGUCACGCCAACAGUUCAAACAUCUGCCCAGACUAUGUGCAGGGUUGUUGCUUGAUGGAUUUCCCCUUGAGCUUGUAGAUGGUGAUGCAUCUAAUAUACCUCUCAGAUGGGUGACUGAUGUUCUGUCUCAGCUCAAUGACUUGGUGUCUCCAAAGAGCAAGUUAUUGGUAGCCACAGUUCUUGGAGUUCAAAGUACAGGGAAGUCUACUCUCCUAAACACCAUGUUUGGAGUUCAGUUUGCAGUCAGCAGUGGUCGGUGCACUCGAGGUGCCUUUAUGUUGCUCAUCAAAGUAAAUGAAAAUGUCAAAAAAGAACUCAACUGUGACUUCAUGUUGAUCAUUGACACUGAGGGCUUAAAGUCACCAGAGCUUGCACAACUAGACAAUAGCUAUGAGCAUGACAACGAGCUUGCAACACUUGUUGUGGGGUUGAGUGAUAUCACUAUCAUCAAUAUCGCAAUGGAGAAUUCAACAGAAAUGAAGGACAUCCUACAGAUAGUUGUGCAUGCAUUUCUCAGGAUGAAAGAGGUGGGCAAAAAACCCAGAUGUCAGUUUGUUCACCAAAAUGUGGCAGAUGUUUCGGCCCCUGAGAAGAACUUACGAGAAAGAGAACUGCUCCUAGAACAGUUGAAUGAGAUGACCCAAGCAGCAGCCAGAAUGGAAAAGAAGGAGGAGAACAAGAGCUUCACUGAUGUGAUGGAGUACAAUCCAGCCACUGGAAACCAAUACAUCCCAGGACUCUGGAAUGGAAGCCCCCCAAUGGCUCCAGUUAAUGCAGGGUACAGUGAGGCCGUUUAUGAGCUCAAGAAGAAUGUAAUUCAGAUUUUGGGAAAAUGUGAGUCUUCUGCUAAUGAUAUCUUGGAGUUUACAGAGUGGAUAAGAAGCCUGUGGAAUGCUGUCAAGCAUGAAAACUUCAUCUUCAGCUUCAGAAACAGCCUGGUGGCUGAUGCAUACAUGAGGCUCUGCACAGAAUUCAACAAAUGGGAAUGGGAAUUCAAGAAAGAAAUGUACUCAUGGACAAACGAUGCAGAAAUAAAGAUUUCUAACUUUGGCAGCGUGGAAUGUGAAGUGUCUAACAUUGGACAACUUCUCACUGAUUUGAAAAGUGACGCAUGCUUAGUACUGUCUGAAUGGGAGACAAAGCUUCUUGAAAAUCUAGAUAAGUACUUCAAGCAAACAGAGGGUCAUGUCAAUCUUGUUGAAGCAUUCAGAGCGGACUUUGCUAACAGUGCUAAAAGCCUUCGUCGAGAAAUGGAAAGCUCUGUACAUAACCAACUCACAGUUGCAACAGAUGUCCGAAAGGGAAUGACGGAGAUUGAUAAAAUCAAGGUGAACCACACAAAAGAAGUAGAAAAGAGAGUAGGUGCAUUGAUCGAAGAAUGCCGCAAGAAAAAAGUGGACAUGACAGACAAAAAGCUGGAUGAAGAAUUUGACAAGAUGUGGAAUAAAAUGGUAAAGGAACAAGUCCUUUACAAACAAGAGACCAUGGAUGUCAUCGGAAAUGUGUUCUACUACCUGAGAAACAAUCUAUCACACAAGGGGAGUCAUGUCUGUCAAUUGUUAAGUAAAACAAAACUGCAAGAUUGUGGAAAGAUGCCUUUCAAAGUCUCAGCUGAAGGAUUCAUCAACAAGACAGUUCACAAAGUGAGCAAAUACUUCAACUGGCAAGACCACGUCAUGGUGCUACAACAAAUAGCUGACGGUAUCAUAAUGGAUUGUUCACAGUUUGUGAAAGAAAAAAAGGAAAGAAAAAACAACUACCACAACACUUUCAUCCAGGAGAUCCUACACAUGAUUGAUGAGAGUCUGAAAAACCAGAAGAAUGUCAAGAUUGAGAUAGAAUUUGAGGUUUCUCUGAAACAACACAUCUGCGCAGUUGCAGCUCGAGAUUUUCAGGAAAUGCAUGAAGAUUUCAUUCAGCUGAAUGAUCCCCACAUUUGUCUCAAUCAAAACAAAGAGAGGUUCCGUGUGAAUUUCAAGGAUGAAUUCCAUGAACGAGAUCAGUGCCAAAAGAACGCAAAAGAUUUCACAGAUUACUGCUUGAGACCUGCUGUGGAAAACUUCAUCAACAGAUCCUUGGGUCCUGAUAUCAUUGGAGAAAUGAAGACCAGAAUCCAAUUCAGCACUCGAAUGUUCUUCCAGUACUCAGUGUUACUGGAUUUGCUUUCAAAGGAUAAAUUUGAAGACUACCAUAGCUUUAUCUGCUCAUAUGAGUGGUAUGUUAAGAAAUGGAUCCUUGAUGAAAUGGAUAAAGUCUUGACAAAUGAGUCUUUAUCUGAGUUUGAGGACCGACAUCUUGGGUCAAGAAUCAAGAGCAUAAAUGAUGCAAUACAGAAAGCUCAGGCAAAAGAGGGCGGCAACCUGCAGGAAUUGAUCAAAGAUAUCCGACAGGAACUUCGUGAAAAACUGGUCAUUUCCGAGGAUGCUCUUGGUCCUUUUAUGAUCCUGAACAAUGUCAAACACAAAGAGUUUGCUCAAUGGCUCACCGACUGUGUGAAGGAAAUGGAAGAAAAUAUUAAAGAGCAGUUAAAAAAGACAAACAUCAAAACAAAACUUGCAAAUCUUGAUGUACAGCCUGAGAAUGAGCUUUUCAAAAGUGUCAUCGGAUGUAGCAAACGGUGUCCAUUCUGCGAAGCGCCCUGUGAGGCAGGAGGAAUCGAUCAUAAGGAGCACACAACUUCACUGCGUCGACCAAGCGGUCUGGGCAGAUACAGAUGGCAUGGGUCAAAAAAACUUGUUAUUGACAUAUGCACUUCCGUGGUGAGCAGUGACUGUAGAUUUCGCUGCGAUGCAACAAAAGGUGAAUGGCACCCUUACAAGGAGUACACCACAAUUUUUCCUGACUGGCGAAUUGCUCCAGAUAAAAGCCUUAAGGAUUCAGACUACUGGAAGUACGUACUGAAAAGGUUCAACAAGGAGUUCUCUGAAGCAUACAAUGCAGAGCCUGCUGAUAUUCCAGAUACUUGGAACCAUAUCACACCACAGAUUGCACGAGAGAGUCUCAAAAGUUCAUUUAACAUCAAAUGAGACACUAACAACAGAGGUGCACAUCCUCCUUUCAUGGAUUGUUUGAGCUCAUAGAUUGAGUCUAAUAUGUGAAAGAGGAAAAUCACAAUCAGCUCAAUAGAUAUUAUCACCAGAGAGACAUUUUACAACUAAUGCUCUCAACAUGGAAAUAACACAAAAAUCAUUGCAUUAGUGAUUUUACAAGUAGGCCUACUAGUGCAUUAGCAGAGGUUGAAUCCAACAUGUUGAUGAACAUGAAUCUUUUCUUUAACUCUCUUUUUGUUGAUCACGACUGUUUUUGGAUCAGUGCAAAUGUAAGCACACAUUAUGAUCAUGCUAUAAGUUUCCAGUUUGAUUCAGUGUGACUUUGAAUUUAUGAAGUAUGUUAAGCCACACAUUUACAGGCAUGUGGUAUUCUUUAAAUAAGACACAGUAUUUAUUUUCUUUUGAUUCUUUGUCUACUUAGUUUAGAGCAGUUUUUGGUUUUAUUGUGUGAAGUUUCUGAUGCAAAACUAUUGAAUUUAAAUGAACGAUCAUUCUCUUAAAAGCAGCAUGCAUACAACCAUUUACAAAACGUUCUCUUCAUCUCUUCUUAAUGAAUAUGCUUAAAAUAUCUUUCAUUUAUAUUUUGAUAUUGUCAUCAUGUAAUGCAGAAAUUCAAUCAACACAAAUACUUCUUGUUUGUAUGUUUCUAGAACAUUGUUGCCUGAGCUUUUAUAUCAAUAUUCUCAGACAUUUACGUUUCCUGUUUGUUGGUGAAGUUUCUGAUUCCUGACAUUAUUAUUUUGAAGACAUUUAAAGAUGAGUACUGCUGCAUGGUGUGUUGUCAACAUGUAUACAUAACUGACUUCUGUAAAAUCAUUGAAUAAAGAUACUAAUCAGCA